GGCUACAUGAGGCUAUCCAACGAGAUCCGCAUCCCGCUGUUGGCCGGCGCUUAGCAGCCACCGCCACCAAUGGCAACACCACGGUCCCUGUUUCACAACAUACCGCGGCCUAUCCGAGAUAAAGAGGUUCGUUAUUAUUUUGCUGGAGUCCAGAAGCCAAGCCGUGUAACACAUUGGCGGAGAGAAGGGAACUGGCGGUUAGUGAAGCAAUGUGCCACCAUGCAUACACUGAGUAACCGCCGAAAGCCCAUUUCCCUCUGUUCUCUCUUUCCUUCUCUUCUCUCCCCUUCUGCCCCUCGUCUUCUCCUAUUACAACAUUGUCGCAAUGACCUCAACACAAACAAUAACCACCGACUCCUUCAAGGAGGUCACGAACCGGAACCACUCCUUCCAGCCGGGUCUUGAAGCCGUCUACCACCCGCCGCAUGACGUCACCUACGCAGUGCAGCCUGUACCACAGUUGGAGAAGCCGGUGCCUGUUCCGGAGAAGCGAAGAGUCAAUUUAUGGCUGUUCAUUGCCGUGGGAAUCUUGGGUCUUGCUGUUAUCGGACUCGCGGUGGGAUUGGGGGUUGGAUUGAGUCGCGGGCAUGCUUCGGAUGCAGCGUCCUCUGCGACGUCGGCGUCCCAAGAUCCAGACUCAAACUCGGACUCUACCUCCUCGCCAUCGCCGUCCGCAACAACACCUUCCUCGAACGAAGCAGGGGCAGAAACAUACACAACAACAGUAACCCGCACAAUCUCGUCCCCAUCCUCAACAUCGUCCCCCUCCUCCCCCUGCCCCAGCGCAAACAACACCAUAACAGCCCCCUCCCUCGGCUCAAUCCGCUACCGGAUCCACUGCGACUCGGACAUCGGCGGCAGCGGCAAAAUCACACUAUCCUCGAUCGUCGUGGAUUCCUUUGACGAGUGCCUUGCCCUCUGCAACACGAUGAACUACUUCCAGGACCGCACGGACGUUGGUGCGACGUAUAAUGUUGCCGGGACGGGCACGCAGACGCCGGGGACUUGUUGGUGUCUGGGUGGGGAGGGGCUUGCGGUAACGGAGAAUGUGGGGAAUGAUGUUGCGUUUCCGGUUGAUGAUUGA